AUGGAUAGCAUGAUUCAACCUGCUUACUUCACCCACUUCCUACCAAAGGUCAAGGAUCAAGGGAAAUUCACUCUCCCUUGCACACUUGGGCAUCUUGAGCUUGACAAUGCCUUAGUGGAUUCUGGAGCAAGCAUCAAUCUGAUCUCUCUCUCCAUGGCAGAGAAGCUAGGCAUUGCUGGAGCCUUGCAGCGCCCUACUACUUCAAUCAUGUUUGGAGAUGCAACUUCUAAGUCUCCUCUUGGAGUGUUCAAGAACUAUCACUUGAAAAUUGGAGAAUGCAUCAUCCAAACUGAUCUCACUGUGAUGGAAAUGGAAGAAGAGAAGGAUCUACCUCUGUUAUUGGGAACCCCUUUCCUUAGUACAGUUGGCGCUUCAAUAGACUUUCACAAGCAAGAAGUGAUCCUUCACAAGGUGAAUAGUUUGGUGUCAUAUCGCUUGCAGCCUAGAGGUUCAGACUUUUGUGCCACAAUUGACAGUACCACUCUCAGUUCUAAGAGUCAUGGAGCUACAAAGGUUGUGAAGGAAAGGGUUGACAAAGAACCAAGAGUUGGGAAGGAUAAGGUUGAGAGAGGACCAAGGAUUGAGAAGCCACGUCUUGAGAGGGCUAGAGUUGAGAAACCACGUCUGAUAGACUGA